AUGGCUCUGAAGCUCUACCUGGACCUGCUGUCCCAGCCCUGCCGCGCCGUCUACAUCUUCGCCAAGAAGAACGGCAUCCCCUUCGAGAUGCGCACCGUAGACUUCCUCAAAGGACAGACCAUGGCCAAGGACUUCACCGAUGUGAGCAUCCUGCAGAGGAUUCCCGUCCUCAAAGACGGUGACUUUGUCUUGAGUGAAAGUGUGGCCAUCCUGAUCUACCUGAGCACUAAAUACAAGACAGCGGAUCACUGGUACCCACCUGAGCUGCCCAUCCGCGCCCGCGUCCAUGAGUACCUGGGCUGGCACGGCGACAUCAUUCGUGGCACGUUUGGUGUGCCCCUGUGGGUGAAGGUGAUUGCGCCCAUCAGUGGGCUCCAGAUACCGGAGGAGAAAGUGGAGCACAACAAAGUCCUUAUGGACAAGGCACUGCAGAAGCUCGAGGACUACUUCCUGGGGAACAAGGCUUUCCUCGCCAGCCAGGAGGUGACCCUGGCCGACCUGCUGGCACUAGAGGAACUGAUGCAGCCCUUGGCUUUUGGCUAUGACCUGUUUGCGGGACAUAAAAGACUGGCAGCAUGGCGUAAUCGAGUGGAGAAUUUCCUGGGUGCUGAACUGUGUCGGGAAGCCCACGGCCCCAUCUUGAACAUCCAACAAGUGGCCUCCACUACAACCAUCCCGCCACCUCCCCCAGAAUUCUAUACGUAUAUGAGGCUUCGUAUUGCUAAGAUCCCCUGA